CACCAGGAAAAAUAGUCCGACGCUGGAGGACAGGUGUUGCUGAUUGCUGCCGGGAUUUGUUCUCUUUUGGGGAUCCCUAGACCCUGUUUGCCCUAUAAAGAGUCUUUGAUAUGAGGAAUAGCAGCAGAAGACAAUGUUGAAGAUUUGUGUUCAAGUCAGUUAGUCUCGUCAGUACUGAAACUGGGAGAAAUGUUUGGAGCAACUCAGAUCUCAAAAGCCCAGUUUCUGGACAAGGCCAGGCAGGCCCGGGAGGAGAGGAAAGGCCUUAAAGAAAGGGAAAGAGCUGCAAUCAGAAUCCAGGCACUUAUUAGGAGGUUCCUCUGCAGAUGUCGACUGCAACGAGAAAUCAGAAAAGAAGUGGAUGAUUUUCUAAAAGGCACGGAAAAUGGUUCAGUGAAGCUCAGUGCCGUUUCCAUCUUCCAAGUAUUCCGCAAACUGCUAAUUAUAUUUAAAAUGAAGCAAGACCGUACUAGGUUCGAACAUCUGUGUCGCUGUAUAUUAACCAGUAUGGAGUGUGAGAAUGAACCCAAGGUCUGGUUUGUGUCUAUAGCUCUUUCCAAGGACCUCACCCUGUUGUGGAUAAAGCAGAUUAAAGACAUACUCUGGUACUGCUGUGAGUUUCUCAAGUUGUUAAAGCCGGACAUCCUCCAGGAUUCCAAGCUAAUCACACUCUACCUCACCAUGCUAAUCAACUUUACAGAUACUUCUACCUGGAAGAUAUUCAAAGGGAAAGGGGAAACUCUGAGACCUGCAAUGAACCACAUAUGUGCAAAUAUAAUGGGCCACCUCAAUCAAAAAGGCUUCUAUUCUGUGCUACAGAUCCUGCUUACUAAUGGUCUGGCCAGAUCGCGCCCUUCUCUUUCGAAGGGAACUCUAACCGCCCUGUUUUCCCUGGCUUUACGGCCCGUCGUUGCAGCUCAGUUUUCCGACAACCUGCUCCGUUCGUUCCUGAUUCACAUAAUGUCCGUUCCAGCUCUGAUUUCCCAUCUUUCUAUCCUUACUCCAGAUCGUUUCACUGUGAUUGAAUCCCAUGGGCUCUUCCAUAAGUUUAUCUUGUUUCUGAGUCGGGAGGAGCAGUGCAGAGAUGUGUGUGUAUGUCUGGAAGGAAGUCACACUCUCUGUUUGCUAGGUAACUUAAUUUAUCUUGGUCACCUUACGGAGAAAGUACUGCAGGAGGAAACCAGUCACUUUGUCAGCAUCCUCACACACAUGUUAUCUUAUUGCCAGAAAUAUGUAUCGCAGAAGAAGUCUAACCUCACACAUUGGCACCCUGUCCUUGGUUGGUUUUCCCAGACGGUGGAUUAUGGCCUCAAUGAAUCUAUGCCUUUACUCACCAAACAGCUUCAGCACCUAUGGAGUGUCCCUAUGAUUCGCAUCUUGUUCCGUGAGGUCCUCAGCAAGAAGUUAGCAGAGAAUCAGGAGAUGUCAGUGACCGCCUCACACAGCUCUUCACCCCAGAACAAUCUGCCCAUGAAAAAUCUUUUUAAACGAGCAUUCCAGAAAUCUGCAUCUGUUCGCCAUAUCUUGAAACCUAUUGGGGGAAAGAGAGUGGACUCCCAAGAAGUGCAGAAAGUAUGCAAUAUCUGUGUGCUGUACCAGACUGCGCUGACCACCCUCACACAGAUUCGCUUGCAGAUUCUUACAGGCCUCACCUAUUUGGAUGACCUUCUGCCUAAGUUAUGGGCUUUCAUUUGUGAGCUCGGUCCUCAAGGAGGUUUAAAACUCUUCUUGGAGUGUCUGAGUAAUGACACUGAGGAGUCCCAAAGACUUUUGGCAAUGCUGGUUCUGUUCUGUGACUGCUCCAGGCAUUUAAUUACAAUUCUUGAUGACAUUGAGGUGUACGAGGAACAGAUAUCAUUCAAAUUGGAAGAACUGGUCACAAUCUCAUCGUUCCUGAACUGCUUUGUUUUCAAAAUGAUAUGGGAUGGUCUCCUAGAGAAUGCCAAAGGUGAGACUCUGGAGCUUUUUCACUCUGUUCACGGCUGGCUUAUGGUUCUGUAUGAGAGAGAUUGCCGAAGGAAAUUUGCCCCAGACGACCACUGGCUGAGAAAGGACCUUAAGCCAGCUUUAUUGUUCCAAGAGCUGGACAAAGAGAGGAAGCGAGCCCAGCUCCUGCUUCAGUAUAUCCCCCAUGUAAUCCCCCACAAGAAUAGGGUCCUUUUGUUCCGAAACAUUGUCACCAAAGAAAAAGAGAAACUUGGUUUAGUGGAGACCAACACUGCAUCUCCACACGUCACCCAUAUCACAAUUCGAAGGUCACGGAUGCUGGAGGAUGGUUAUGAUCAACUGCGACAGCUCUCCCAAAAUGCCAUGAAGGGAGUCAUCCGCGUUAAAUUUGUCAAUGACCUGGGAGUAGAUGAAGCUGGUAUAGACCAAGAUGGAGUUUUCAAGGAGUUCUUGGAAGAAAUUAUAAAAAAGGUUUUUGAUCCUGCUCUGAAUUUAUUUAAGACCACCAGUUCUGGGGAUAGAUUAUACCCAUCACCUACAUCGUACAUCCAUGAGAACUAUCUCCAGUUAUUUGAGUUUGUUGGGAAGAUGCUAGGAAAAGCAGUAUAUGAGGGUAUAGUGGUGGAUGUCCCCUUUGCCUCAUUUUUUCUCAGUCAGCUCCUAGGACACCAUCAUAGCAUCUUCUACAGCUCUGUGGAUGAACUACCCUCUCUCGACUCGGAAUUCUACAAGAACCUUACUUCUAUCAAACGUUACGAUGGAGAUAUUAGUGACUUGGGCCUAACGCUGUCGUAUGAUGAAGAUGUCAUGGGUCAGCUGGUCUGUCAUGAGCUGGUCCCUGGUGGGAAGUCAAUUACAGUCAGCAAUGAGAACAAGAUCAGCUACAUCCACCUCAUGGCACAUUUCCGCAUGCACACUCAGAUUAAAAAUCAGACUGCUGCUAUCAUCAGUGGCUUCCGCUCCAUCAUCCGGCCAGAGUGGAUACGCAUGUUCUCAGCACCCGAACUGCAGCGUCUUAUAUCAGGAGAUAAUGCAGAGAUUGACCUGGAUGACCUCAAAAAGCACACAGUAUAUUAUGGAGGGUUCCAUGGAAGUCACCGAGUCAUUGUCUGGCUGUGGGACAUCUUGGCCAAUGAUUUCUCCUCUGAUGAAAAAGCCAUGUUUCUUAAGUUUAUUACUAGUUGCUCUCGGCCUCCACUCCUGGGAUUUGCCUACCUCAAACCUCCUUUCUCAAUCCGCUGUGUAGAGGUGUCCGACGAUCAGGACACGGGGGACACCCUGGGCAGUGUCCUGAGAGGAUUCUUCACCAUCAGAAAACGGGAGCCAGGAGGACGUCUCCCAACCUCGUCCACUUGUUUUAACCUUCUGAAGCUUCCCAAUUACAGCAAGAAGGGAAUCCUGCGGGAGAAGCUGCGUUAUGCUAUCAGCAUGAACACAGGCUUUGAGUUGUCUUAGCAUUUCUGAUGUGACUUCCUCUUUAAUUUUAUACAACCUUUUUGGUGCCAGACGUUCCUGUGGCUCAUGGCUAAGCAGUGUGUUGGAAGGCCAUCAAAGCAAACAAUGUAAACUACACAAAGUCACCACUUUUAAAUCUGCAGUCCCCCUGCACAUUUAUUUUAGGAUGUGAUUGCACCCCUAACUGCUGCUCUUCUAUUUUCAUCUGACACCUGAACACGGAGAAUUGCAACUGAAUAUAUAGUGUGUGGACAACCUAGGCUUUCGAAAUAAAGUUAAAGCAGGAAAGUGUGAAUAAUAAUCGUUUUAUGGCAUGAUUUAACCCAUGGAGGUGAUAAAACAUAGCAAAGCAAUUAUCUUGCACUAAACUAGAAGGUGUUUUUUUUUUAGAUAAAUAUUUCUGAUUCCCAUCAAUAGAUACAAAGUGUCUCAUUAUAAUCAUCAGCCUGCACUGGACCCUACUAAUGAUUUGGUCUCCGUCCUUGUCUACGAUGAUGUGCGACACUGAACAAGCACACACUCAGUUAAACCUUAUGUUAACAUAGACAAUUCCAGCAUGUGUGAGCCAUGAGCUCAACUCUGCACAAUCUUGGCUUAGUUAAAAUGUUGGCUCAGCUUCACAGGGUAAGCAUGCCCUCCCCCAGUCACAUGGUUCCACCUCUAGAGAACAAAAACACUACACACGCAGAUUCUGAUGCUGAUAGGAAAAUCAGUACAUUCACUAAAGAGAGGUUAGAAUCGUCAUGUUUAUAUUUAUUUAACAGUAAUGAACUAAACAAAAAGAUUGAAAUGACCUGUAAGAAUGAAACCCCCUUAAACAAUGCAUCUUCCUUGUUGCUUUCUCAUUACCAUCCUCAUAGGGCAAUGAAUGAGGUCUAACAAUAGAAAACCGUGGUUCCAUAAAAUACAGAAUAAAAUAAGACAUUCUAUGGAUUAUUCAAGUGAUGAUCAACCCUGAAAUU